CCCUCCCGUUUCCUGUCGGAAGGAAUUGAAUGUAGCGCAUGCGCUGUACUGCUCUGGAAGUGCUGUACAGUGAUAAACAAACAAACAAAUCAGAGAAAAACAUUAAGUUAGAAUACUUUAUAUAAUGGCAGUGAGCGCUGUGCAUUUAGAGUCCGACGCAUUUCUAGUGUGUAUGAAUCACGCUCUGAGCACGGAGAAAGAGGAAGUAAUGGGGCUCUGCAUCGGCGAGGUGGACACAAACCGCAUCGUGCACAUCCAUUCUGUCAUAAUUCUGCGUCGAUCAGACAAGAGGAAAGACCGAGUGGAGAUUUCGCCAGAGCAGCUGUCAGCCGCUUCUACUGAAGCCGAGAUAUCCUUUGACCAGGGCCCUGAGCAGAUGGCAGCACAUUUUCUUAAUAUGAGGCACAGGUUGGCUGACAUGACGGGACGUCCCAUGAGGGUUGUGGGCUGGUACCACUCUCAUCCACACAUCACUGUGUGGCCAUCACAUGUUGAUGUUAGGACUCAAGCAAUGUAUCAGAUGAUGGAUCAGGGUUUUGUUGGCCUCAUCUUCUCAUGCUUUAUAGAAGAUAAAAACACAAAGACCGGCAGAGUUCUGUACACCUGCUUCCAGUCAGUACAAGCCCAGAAAAGCUCAGAGUAUGAGCGGAUCGAGAUCCCCAUCCAUGUAGUCCCACAUGAAGCCAUUGGGAAAGUAUGUCUGGAGUCCGCCGUGGAACUACCCAGAAUCCUCUGUCAAGAAGAACAGGAUACAUACAGAAGGAUUCAUAGUUUAACUCAUCUGGAUCCAAUCACAAAGAUCCAUAAUGGAUCAGUGUUCACUAAAAACCUGUGCAGUCAGAUGUCGGCCAUAAGCGGCCCGCUGCUGCAGUGGCUAGAAGAUCGACUGGAACUGAAUAAACAUAGUAUCAUCAAACUCCAGAAAGAGAAGGAGCGACUGACACAAGAAUUGGCUUCAUUGUAAGGAGAAUAAAAGGAAGCGAUGAGAGUUUUAACAAAUCUACCCUACUGCCAUAUUUUAAUCAGAAAUCAAUGGGAGGGCAAAGACAAGAUGUCUAUAAUUUCAAAUUUUGGGACCUCAGCACGUUUGCAAUGCUGUGUCUCAUUGCUUCCAUCCAGAGAUUUGAAUUACUGUCUGACUCUGUCAUUCAUAUAUAUAUACACACAUCUAAAAUGAGCAUUUUUAUCAGGCUCCUAUGCUUAGGUUCAGUCAUUUUACUUUAAUGGCAGUGUACAAGUCCUUUUCUAUGCCAUUAAAGUGAAAUAACUGAACAUAAAUAUAGGAGCCUAGAUGAACAUUUCAGACAGCUCUUAGGAGGAUUUUGCAUCGGAACUCUUCAUACAUAUAUAUAUAUAUAUAUGACAGAGUCAGACAGUUAUUCAAAUCUCUGGAUGGAAGCAAUGAGACACAGCAUUGCAAACGUGCUGAGGUCCCAAAAUUUGAAAUUAUAGACAUCUUGUCUUUGCCCUCCCAUUGAUUUCUGAUUAAAAUAUGGCAGUAGGGUAGAUUUGUUAAAACUUGCUCAUAGAUGAAAUUUUAAGACGGCACUUAGAGGCUUUUGCAUCUGAAUCAAACUCUUCAUUCAUAUAUA